AUGCAUCAAUCUGGCUAUGCACGGGUCGCAUCAGCAGAUGCAAUCACCAACUGGAACGAACUGCACAGGUGUCCAUACAUCAAGGUCCAGAAGGCGAUCAUUCAUCCAGGGGAGGUGAACAAGCUGCGAGACGUUCCCCAACACCCUGACCUUAUUGUGACUCACACAGAUGCACCAGAGCUGUUUGUCUGGAAUGUUGACAAGCAGCCAGUCAGGAGUGGUCCAGCAGACAGGAGAUCUCAUGCAUCUGUACCCGACUUGAUCCUUGAGGGCCAUCAAGAAAAUGCCGAGUAUGCCCUUGGCAUCAGCUCUGAGCGUCCAAUGGUUGCCAGUGGUGGUCGGGACAGAAAG